AUGACAACAACUUUUUUUUGUAAUGCACCAAAAUUAAUCUUAGAAUUUUGUACACAUUACGAAACACCAAAGGUGGUUCGAUUUAAAUCAACAUUAAUCGCUUUUUUAUCUCACCUAACCAAAUUACUCUUAGCUAUCUAUUGUAUAUUACUAAUGUUGCAACAAGAUGCAUAUCAAAUAUUUGAUCGUAGUCCAAUAUCCGCUGUCACUGUUAAGGUAAAAGAUUCACCCAAUUGUUCACAUUAUUUAAAUUACAGUUGUCCAGAGUCAAGAUAUGAUGCCGUCGAUUUUGUUAUACCAUCGCUAGAAAAUAGUGCAACAUCAAUAACAACGCGUACAACAGAAACGGAAUAUGUGCUACAUUUAUGUAAUAAAACUGACUUCACCCAUCAGUAUACAUGUAGUGUCAAACAACAAUGUCUAAUGCCACCCUAUUAUCGUCAAUUAUUAGAGAAAACAAAUCAGACACCACCGUCUCUUUGUUGGCAUCAAUUUUCACCGAGUACAAAAAACAAUUAUGAGGCACUUGAUUAUACUCUAUUUAUUAAAAAUUAUGUAGAAUUUCCUCAAUUACAUCUUGUUCGAAAAAAUCUUGUCACUGAUACAAUGCGACCGUCAUAUUUCACAUCAUGUGAAUAUGAUGAGAAACAUCAUAGAUUAUGUCCAAAAUUUCGUAUUCGUAAAAUUUUAAAACUAAUCGAAUCGAAGAGUGAUGAAUAUGAACAAAUGUUUCAUUAUGGAUCAUUGAUUGAAAUUAAAAUUAUUUGGAAAUGUAAUUUAGAUUUGUCAAUUAAAAAAUGUAUACCAAAGUAUGAAUUUUUUCGAUUAGAUAUGCCCUAUUCGGAAAAUAUUUUCAUUCCCGGUAAUUAUUUUGAAACAUCGCGGCAUUUUUAUACAGAUGAACAUGAAUUACGUAGAAUUACAACGAAAGUCUAUAGUUUAAGAAUUCUUGUGACCGUUGCAGGUGAAGUGGGCCGAUUUGAUAUGUUUCAAACAACAACAAGUGUUGGAUCAUUUCUUGGUAUUUUUGGCAUGGGUGCUAUUAUAUGUGACAUUGUUGCGGCUUACAUUACAAAUUUUAAUAUUGUGAAAUAUGAUGCAAAAUAA